GACUAUAUCUCGCGCCGACAGGCGCCGCCUCGCGGUGUCAUGAAACAUGUUACGACGGAGUUCGCGCGGAACCAACUCGAAACGGUUUGCUUUUGAUAUCCGCCCAGGUGUCAAUAAAACGUCACUCUUUUCAUUCUGUCUCCCUGGUUAGCAACCACCCUUCCGCAACCUUAGACUAUUUUAUAGUACACCAUGGCCGACGUCGAAUACCUGCAAAGUAUCAUUCGACACCAUCCCGAUUUUCCAAAGAAGGGAAUCAGCUUCCUCGACAUUUUCCCCAUACUCCGUGACCCGAUCGCAUUUGAGACACUCAUAACCCACUUUGUUCAUCAUAUCACGUCGCAAACUAUACCAAAAUCACUGCGCAAAAAGGUUGAUAUCGUAGUUGGCCUAGAUGCUCGGGGAUUCCUCCUUGGGCCUAUCAUUGCGCUGCGACUGGGAGCAUCUUUCGUGCCCGUUCGCAAACGUGGCAAGCUCCCGGGCGAGUGUGUCUCGGCGAACUAUGAGAAGGAGUAUGGUGCUGACACCUUUGAAAUGCAAUCAGAUGCGAUCCUACCCGGGCAGUCCGUGAUUAUUGUAGAUGAUUUAAUUGCCACCGGGGGGUCGGCCAAGGCAGCUGGCGAGCUUGUCAAGCAGCUAGGCGGGGUGACAGUGGAGUAUCUCUUCAUCAUAGAGAUAAUGUUCCUUAAGGGAUACCAGUAUCUGGAUGCUCCUGCCUACUCCGUUAUUCAACACUUGGAAUGAGUUGCGGGGCACGUUCUCUUUAUUAAUAUUUUUAUGUCGGAGACAGAUACCCGUUUCUAUGAUUAGUGCUGUAGAUUAGAUCUUUAGACCUGGGUCAAUUGUAUAUA